CGAGGGAAAGAGAGAGAGACUAUAGGAACGCAGCGGCUCGUAUGUGUGUGUGUGCGUGUGUGUGUGUGUAGGUACGCUCGCUCGGAGGUAGAAACGACUGGCGGGGCGGAUAUGGAGGGGCUCGGGAAAAACGUUGGGAACUGACCGAGCACCGAGACGAAGAGAGGGAGAGAAGAAGAGAGAGAACAGAGAGAGAGAGAGAGAGAGAGGAAGGACGGACGGACAUCACGGAAGGAAGGAAAGGAGGAGAGGAGGAGAGAAGUGUGACAGAGGAGAGGAAGACUGUGAAGAAGCUGCUCGUCUGGAAAACAGAAGGAUCCUAAGGGCCUGUCAAACAGCAUACGCCGAAAGACGGGGUGACUUUGAAAUGCUGCUAAUGACCGAGUGAGCCCUGGGCUGGAUGGGACCCACCAUGCCCCCCAGUAAGAAGGCCCAGAGCCCCAGUAGUGGAGCCAGUGCCUCGCAGGGUAUGAGCCCACUUUACAGACAGGGAGACGCCGCAACAGCAGCAUCUGAGGCAGAGGCUGCUGACCUUUCCCUGUCCCUGUCUGCCUCCUUCUCCAAGGCCGAGGAUGAAGAGCUCACCAGCCUCUCGUGGCUGCACGAGAGCACCGACCUCCUCAACAGCUUCAGCCACUCGGGGCUGCGUAGCGUCUCCCCCCUGCAGGACCCUGACGGUCAGCACCCUCGCUCGCCCUCUUCCUCGUCGCCCUCCCCCGACGACCCCUUGCUUGGGGAUGCACACUCAGCGUACGACUUGGCCGCAGGGGCCAACAGAAAACCGCCGUACUCGUUCAGCUGUCUGAUCUUCAUGGCCAUCGAGGAUGCGCCAAACAAACGGCUGCCUGUGAAGGAUAUCUACGGCUGGAUUCUGGAGCAUUUCCCUUACUUUGCAAGCGCCCCAACAGGCUGGAAGAACUCUGUGCGCCACAAUCUGUCGCUCAACAAGUGCUUCAAGAAGGUGGAUAAAGACCGGAGCCAGAGCAUAGGUAAAGGCUCUCUGUGGUCCAUAGAUCCGGAGUACCGGCACAACCUGAUCCAGGCGCUAAAGAAGACGCCGUACCAUCCCUACUCACCCGGCUUGGCCACCCCCUCCACCUCCCCACCCACCCUGCCUCAGACAUUUCACCACAGUCCUCCAUUGUGGUCGGGGAGUCCCUUCUUCAGAAAGAACGGAGGAGUUCUCCUACAAGUUCCUCGGGGUGUGAUCCAAAAUGGCGCCCGUGUCAGGAGCCAGGCACUCUUCCCUGUCAUCAGACCCCUACCUGUAAGCCCUGUGGGGAGCAGAACCUCUGCCAUCAGAUCAUCCCUGGGAGAUUUUCUAAGCCGAGGACCGGUAAGCCCAUCUUGCUACUCUCCUCCGCCCUGCAGUGAGGACCUCCAAGAGGACCAUAACUACAGCACCGCCAAAUCCCCCAGCAGGUUAUGUUCAUCCCAGGACGACGACGCUUCCUCCGCCCUGGACGACGACGACAUCAUAGCCGUGGAGAUCGAAUCAGACGUCAAACCCGAGCCAAGGGAGAUCCCGCUGGAUUCUCACGUCACCACUGCCGCCGCUACCUACAUUUCACAGCAGCCCCUGCGCGGACAGAGACGCAGUUCAGGGGCGGGAGCUGGGACUCUGGCAGGAAGCAGUCUGCCUUGGACCAAAAACCGAGCGAGGGGCAUCAGCGACACGCUGCCGCUGAAGAAGCGGCGCGCAGCGACAGUAGAAAAGCCACCGGAGAGCGACGACGAGGAGAUGAAGGAGGCGGCGGGGUCGCUGCUUCACCUGGCUGGCGUCAGAGCCUGCCUCAACAACAUCACAAACCGCACCGCCAAGGGCCAGAAGGAGCAGAAAGAAGCCCUGAGAAACUAAAAAGACACACGUAGAACAAGUACAUAGUCAUGCAAACACACACAGACGGUAUACAGCUAAAAGCACGCACACACACAUUAACACACACUCGCAUAUACGACACACAAAUAGGUCAACAGGUAUCGUUACUACAGCAUAAGUCUCAACGGACAUGUCUCAUCUCCCUCUAUCUAUCUGCAGGGCAUUAGGUGAAUCCUACUUAUUUGUGGCAAUAUCAAAAAUCUAUGUUUUCCUACAUGUUCAGCAACACUAACAUCAAUGGGUAUUUCUCAUGUGUCUUUGUUGUUUUUGUUGUUUAAAAAGGGGAUGAAAGCCAUAAAAAAAGCAUGUUUUGUCACUAAUUUGAACAAGUUGAACCACGACAAAACUGAAUCACAUUGAGGAGCGUACAGUACCUGAACACAGAGGAUGGCUGUUUGUCUUACCUGUUUGUUUCUAUGUGAAUCUGUAGCAAUCUAGCGGUGAUGUCAGCAUAGGCGGCGGGCGGAGGCGGCGAAAGAGAGGGGCACUAUUUAACGAGACUUAGCGCUCUCUCUUGGGCCCCCUCGCUGGCAUCACUCGCCUACAUCCACGAGCACAAAUGUGAGACUGUGCCAAAGACAAGCGACCAGGUUGCUUCAUGUAGCCGAUACGACAGCUGACAAAAAAAAAAAAAACAGGAAAAAAAAAACGAGAAGGCAUAGUAGUAAAGAGGAGAACGACCUUAAGUGUCAAAAUAAUUGUAAAACCCAAUGUGAUAUAUAUUCAUGCACUUAAGAUUAUUUAACGCCACUUAUAAUAGAAGCAUCAUGGGUAAAGACAUGGUUUUAUUUCAAGAGCACUCAUAGUAUUUAAGAAUAGAUAUUUUAAAAUAAAAAAAAAAGGUCAUGUUUAUCACCAUAGAGAUGGAUAGUGUGCCGGGUCUGAGGCAAUAUCUCCUUCAUUUUGUUGUUGUUGUUGCAUAAUGUAAACGUCCCUAAAAACCUCCCCAGUACUUCUGUCCAUAGACGUAGACACCUGGUAUAGAUAUCAUAGCUACCAGCAGCUACCACACCUUCCGUAACAUUUGACAACGUCAAAGAACUAUAUACAUGAACUGUGGGUUUAGUUUUCUGUUUGUGUCUGUUUACCCUCACUCUACCCUCACUCUACCCUCAUAAAGAUAUAAGCAAUUUGUCCCGUGUGGACAACUCUGUAAAAAGGUUAGAAAAUAUUUUAUUUUUUUCCUUUCUUAAUUGAAGCAAUUUGACCUGCAGGACUUUCUCAGUUAUAUUGCAUGGGUGCUUGUAAAUAAGAUAAAAAGCAAAUCUUUUUUAUUCAAAGAUCAUGUAAGAUAAACGAUGUAUUUAGCAUGAAGCAUGACUUAUUUUCAUAUAAACCUUGAUCCUAGAGGAAAGAAAAAAAGUUUUGCCGCCAAUUCUUAUACCCGUGAUUAUAUCGGAAUUGUUUUUUUUUUGUUUGUUUCUUUGAAUCUUUUGGGUUCCUUUGUUUUUUUCUGAGUGGGCUUUCAAAGACACGUCUUCAGGGAGGAAUGUGGGAGAUCACUCUGCAAUUAGAGGCCCUAGGGUACCACCCCUGGGCUUUCGGGUUCAGGCUGGGUAGGCCAGCCGAAUCUCCUCUUAGGGGUGGGCUUCCGUCUUCUUCUGCCUGUACAGUGAUUUUUGGGUGUUCAUUGUUAACCUCCGUGUUAUUUCCGAACACAUGUGUAGAGUGUGUGAGUUUGUGUGCCCAGGAACACACACCCUUUAACAUUGUGCCUGCCUGCCUGCCCUAAGUACCUCUGUCGUCAUGUCUCUGACAUGCUUACCUGUCUUUAUUUAUAACAGUAUUGUUUAUUUUCUCUCCUGUGUGUAAAUGUACAUGUGUCCUUACUUUCCAUCAGCAUCGUUUUGUGUAUUUGUGUGGAUCAGACGGCAUGGAAAACUUUGUAGGUGUCCUGAAAGAACCUCAUAUCUCCAAAAAAAAAAGGCUACUUGGGAGUUGAAUUGAAAAGAGAGGAAUGUAGGUGAGGGGCUUUAAUGAUGAAAAAAAGUUUGUUUAUUGAUUUACACUCAGUAUUGUUUACCCUUUCUUUAAAGGAAUUACCUGCCAAUAUGGAUGUCAUAUUUUUCUCAAAAGCCCAAUCUGGAGAUCAGAGGUUAUUCUUUUUGAUUUUGCCUAUGAGGUAUAUGUGUAUCUCACUUAGGGUCAUGAAAACACUGACUUGAUGAAAUUCACAGAGUUUUGACAUCUUUGCAUUAAAAGUGAUAUAAACACUGCACUGCCAUGAUUCGGCAUGCCUUUGCUGAAACUAAGAAUGCAUUCAAGUAUUAAUUUCCCUACAUCGCUCUGCAGAGUUGCAAGGUAUUUAAAAGCAGCUUUUUGGGGGGAAACAUAGGCCGGGGUUUGUUUGUAGCAGCAGAGUCGGGCACGAGUUUGAGUUCAAAGCUGUUGUCAGAGAGCCACGCGGGCAAACAAAUGCAUGUCCCAUCCACUGGUACAGUCCUUUGCCACCUGUAGCAUGCAUCACUGGCUUCGCAUUUUGUAUGGUAUCCAUGCCGACUUAUAAAAAAGGCUAAAGGAGAAGCUGUCAGUGUUCUUGUUGUGUGCCAUCCGUCUCUCGUCUGAUAUCUGUCUGAGUGCCCCCGCGGCCCCGGGUCAAGCACUCUGCUGUAUUUGCGGUAACAAUCCACUGUUGUGGUGACUAAUAACGUGUUCAGCUGGCAAGAGGCAUGUCGAGAGGGGGGGGAUGUGUUGCCUUUGUAACCACCUUUUUUUCCCCUUCUGACUCACUCAGUGACAUGCAGGAGAGAUGAACUCCUGACCUACGAGUCGUGGAAAAACAGAGCAGCACAUAACAUGAACCUGGGACAUUUUAUAGCAAAAGAAGUAUACUCCACUGCCUGAGCAGCCCCUAAAACAAGUGUUUCUUCACACCUGCCAAACAUACAGCGGAAAAAAAAUGUCGCCAUUUUUUUAUUUAUUUUUUUGCUGAUGUUUUAAUGCGCAUUUUCAUUUUUUGUUUUGUUUUCUCUCUGACAAAAACUAUCUACAAUACUGCCAUUUUUUUCUCUCUUCAGUGACUGUCUGAGCUAAAUAUUGGAAAGCCAUAGGUUAGAGAUGUCAAAAUGCAAAACUGUUAUUGAUCUGUGAGAUGUGAUGCAGAGUACACCCAGGUGUUGGUUUUGUUUUUUGUUUUUCCAGUAAAUGUUCAACUCUCCUCUUUAUUGUGCAAUCAUAUUGCCAAAGAAUGAUUUCAAGACCUAUUUCAUCACUACAUGUAAAUAUCAACGUUGUCCAAUAACGUGGCAAAAAAUAUAUAAAUGUUGUUUUAUUUUGUUUUCCAUUUUCUGAAAAACUGCAAUGAUGUUUAUGUGAUGUAUUGUCUUCCAGUUGGUUGCAAUAAUAAAAAAUACAAGUUGCAGAAGA